GUGCUAAUACUCAUCCUCCAGAGUUUAUUCUAUUUAAUAUAUUCGAUUCAGAAGUAUUAGCUGAUGAUGAAAUAGAAGUACUAGUUGAUGAUAAAGCUAAAGCUGAAGCCAAAGAGUCUGGUGAUUACUCUCUUUCAAAUUAUAUAAAAUUUUGA